AUGGCGAUUACCAAAACAAGUGGAGGUGAUGAUAUCGUCAAUGAGAAAAGAACAGAAGACAAUUUAGAAACCUGGAAGGAGUGCUUGAAAAACUACCUUAUUGGGCAAGGCUUAUGGGGAGUAGUCUCUGGAGAUGAACCUAAGCCCGAAGAAAUAGAUCGCAACUACAAGGAUUGGAUGAAGAAGAAUGCUUUGGCUUUGCAUGCCAUUCAAAUUUCUUGUGAGGAAGAUACCAUUUCAUAUUUGAUGAGGAGGUUCCCCAAUAUUGACUCUGCUAAAUGUAUGUGGGACAACUUGGCUGACAUGCAAUCAGAAGUAACCAGUUAUAAGGAGGAAGCAACAUCAAGCAUCCUUGAGUACAGCAGCCUGCACAUGGCAGUGGAACAAGGUGACUUGAACACUGUGAUGGGAUUGCUGAAGAGGAAUCCCAAUGAUUUGAGAGCUAAGAUAACAGUGAUUGGACAAACAGCACUGCAUGUAGCUGUUUUGGCUGAAAGAGAAAAGAUUGUAGAAGAACUGGUGAAGUUUAUGUCAAAAGAAAAUUUGGAAAUGAAAACCAACUUUGGUAACACAGCCUUUGCUCUUGCUGCCCUGAAUGGAAUGAUAGAUAUGGCUAAGGUCAUGCUGAAAAAGAAUCAAGAUUUGGUUACCAUAAAAAAUGAUUACAAUGGCCAAAUUCCACUUGUCACAGCUUCUUUAUAUGGUCAACAGGAAAUGAUACGCUAUCUUUCUGAGCAUACUCCCAUCCAUUUUCUUCAACCUCGAACUAAUGACAAGAAUGGCGCCACACAACUUAAUUGCCUUAUAACAAAUGAGAUGUACGGUAUGUGUACACAUGAAGCAUUGGAUCUGCUUAAAAAGUAUCCACAACUUGGUUACACCCAAGAUUUUCAUAACAACUAUGCUAUCAAAUUGUUAGCCAAUGAACCUUCGGCAUUUUUAAGUGGAAGUAAGCUUGAAUUUUGGAAGCAAUGGAUCUACUCAUUCCCUAAAAGCAUCAAAGAUUUAAAGCUCAAACACGCUAAAGCCUUGCAACUCCUCAAAGUCAUUGUCAAGGAGAUCCCAACAUUAAGCAAUGAACAACUCAAGAAUAUUGGCUUGGAUCAAGUGAUCUAUGAUGCAAUCAAGUGUGGUUCAUUUGAGUUUAUCAACGAGUUGAUCACAUGCAAUCCAGUAAUUAUAUGGAGAGCUGAUAAAAGAGGAAGAACACUAUUUGCACAUGCAGUCACACUUCGUCAAGAAAAAAUCUUCAACCUAAUCUAUGGAUUGGGUGCAAAGAGACGUACAUUUGUGAUUCAGAGUGAUGUGUUUAGAAACAAUUAUUUACAUUUGGCUGCCAAGUUAUCUCCUUCCUUUCAACUUGAUCGAGUCCCUGGAGCAGCUCUGCAAAUGCAAAGGGAGCUACAAUGGUAUAAGGAAAUAGAGAGCAUGGUACCACCAAAAUUUGGAGAAAGACUCAAUGAAAAUGGCCUCACACCCGUUGCUUUAUUCACUAAGGAACACAGAGAAUUGGUAAAAGAAGGUGAGAGAUGGAUGAAGAACAACACAGCAUCAUGUAUGGUUGUCGCUGCUCUCAUUGCCACUGUCAUGUUCACAACAGCAUUUACAGUUCCAGGAGGGAACGAUAAAACAGGGUUUCCUAUUUUCUUAGGCUAUGAUGCAUUCUUGGUAUUUAUAGUUUCAAAUGCAUUAUCACUCUUCUCUUCUAGUACUUCUGUACUAAUAUUCCUAGGAAUUCUCACAGCACGUUUUGCAGAAAUAGAUUUCCUCGAGUCCUUGCCUAAGAAAUUGAUUCUGGGCCUUUUCACUCUUUUCUUCUCUGUGGUAACCAUGAUGAUAGCCUUUGGUUCCACCCUUUUUAUUAUUCUGGAGAAAAGACUUUCUUGGAUCGCUAUUCCCGUCACUAUUCUUUCCAUAAUCCCUAUUGUUUUCUUUGUAUUCUACCAAUUUCCUCUCCUGAUUCAGAUGGUGAAGAACACACACAAACGUUCAAUCUUUGACAAACCAAAGAAAUCAUAA